CAAGAUAACAACAGUAACGUUAGUCUUGUACGGUGACUGAAUAACGUACUGUACUCCUAAAUCGAGUAAACGGUUUUAUUUCUUCAAAACAGGAAGUUUGUUAAAAUGCGGCGCCCAAAGUAUUUCACGCCGAACGAGGUGUCCGUUCACAACACUCUCAACGAUAUUUGGGUGUCUUACCUGGGCAAAGUGUACGAUCUGACACCGCUCCUGGAGGAAUAUAAAGGUGAUGUGUUAUUGAAACCUAUCACAGAGUGUGCAGGGAAGGACAUCAGUCACUGGUUUGACCCAAAGACAAAGGAUAUUCUUACCCAUGUUGACCCAUUGACUGGCUGCAUUAAAUACUACACCCCUAGGGGGCGCUUUUUACACAUAUCCCCUCCUUGCCCUCGCACUGACUGGCCCAAUGACUUCGGGAAGCCGUGGUGGAAGGAUAACCGCUACGAGGUUGGGUUGCUGUCUGCCAAAACACGCUGGAUCCGCAUUAUCAACACUCUAACCUCCCAAGAGCAGAGGCUGGAGGUUUGCUCUGAGGAGACUCUGGAUGAGAUUCUCCAGCGAUACCUGCGCUACAAUUCCCAUGCAGCAAGCUACACCUGGAAGCACAAUGGCGUAAAUUUGGACAUGAGCAAGACCCUGAGUGAAAACGGCAUCCCUGCAGAGGACGAGCUUUACUGCGGAAGCCCGGACUGUGACCUCUUCUCUCCAUCCAUAUGUCUGUAUUUCAACGAUGACCUCACUGAACUCUAAAAUCGCAUGCUACUUAUACGAACAAUGGCAUAUAAUUUAUUAGAAUAUCACAUCCACUGCGAGCCAAUUCGAGCGAGAAGAAUGAACGCCACAUCAACUAUUCAUGUGUUCAGUGUUUUUUUAUCGAUUCCUGUCUGUGUCUUAUUGCAGCUCUCUGAGGGGCUUCGUCCAAUCAAAUGCUGAGCAACAGAAUAAAAAAGAUGAAUGCCAGCCUACAUAAUAAACCUCUGAACCAUAAAGUCGGGUAGUUGCCAUGGUAAUUGCUCACAGGAAAUGCAGCAGCUACUGUAUUGUAGGCCACAGCGGGCUCUCUCGACCCCAAGUAGCAUAUGUAUGCAUGUAGACAGAAAUGAUUUCAUGCAGCUAACAUUUCAAUUUAAUCACUGCUUUAUGAGACUAUGCCAUUAACGUCUGCAAACGUGCAUCUUUUUGGUAAGCAGUUUCAUUUGCUUGUGCACCGUGUACUUGGUCUAAUGAAUUUUUGGGCAUCUUUUUGUUCUGUGUGCACGGUA